GACGUCAUGCAAGUGCGACGGUCGUCCUGCGCCCCGGUCUUUACACGUGAUUGUUGUAGCUGCAGCGUGGCCAGUGCUCUAAGAACAUGGACGGUCCUAGCGUGGUGCCUAGCGAUCUCUUCCCUCAAGUUCUGCACUUUUUGCAGGAGAACAAGUUUACUAACGCUGCUAAAGAGUUCAGCAAAGCUACUGGGGUGAAAGAUAAUGAUUCUUGCCCAACUUCUCUUCUGGAUAUAUUUAGCGACUGGGUGAAGUCACCAGACGCAAAGAAGAGAAAGCCACCAGCUAAUGGCUUGCCUAAGAAAAAGUCUGCAAAGGAGUCUUCCAGCAGCGAAGACAGCUCCAGUGAGGAGGAUGAGCCUCCUGCAAAAAAAAGAGCUCAGCCUGCAGGAGGGAAAAAGCCUGUUGUGAAGGCAGUCCAGCCAAAAAAAGCCAAGAGCAGCAGUGAGGACUCCAGUGAUGAAUCUGAUUCUGAAGAAGAAACAAAGAAACCUCCUGCUAAAAAGCCUGCCCAAACACCAAAGGUAGCCGCUGUAAAAACUCCAACUCAAAAGAAGGCUAAGAGCUCCAGCUCUGAAUCCAGCAGUUCAGAAGAUGAAGCCUCUAAGAAAAAGCAACCUGUGAUUAAAGUCCCUCCAAAGCAGGCCGUAGUAAAGGCUGGCUUAGCGAGCAACAAUGGAAAAACAGCAGACUCCAGUAGCAGUGAGGACUCUGACAGUCCCCCAGCAAAGAAGACAGCUGCCACAAAGACACCUCCAACCAAACCCGCCACAGCAGCUAAGCCACAAGCAAAAAAAACAGCAGGGAAGAAAAGUUCCAGUAGUGAGGACUCUUCAGACAGUUCUGAUGAAGAGCAGAAGACUGCAAAAAGCAAACCAAAGCCAGGUGUCUAUAGUGCUGUACCACCACCCACGUCGGUCUCUAAGAAAAAGACACUGUCACAACCUGGCACCAAAGCUAAACCAGAAAGCAGUGAUUCUUCAGACAGCAGUGAUGAGGAGGAACAGCCUGCAAAAAAAGCUAAAAUUGUUCCAGCAAAGGCUGCUGCUUCUGCCCCAAAACCCUUGGCCAAGAAAGCAGAGACCAGCACAGACAGUGAAUCUGAUUCUAGCAGUGAAGAUGAAAAGAAAUCCUCCGUAAAGCUAGGUGUAAAGGCUGCCCCUAAAAAAGCUCCUGCCGCGCCAGAUGCUAAAAGCACUCCAGUAGCUGCUGCUAAAAAGUCUGCUCCAGCAAAGAAGGCUUCCAGCUCUUCAGACUCUGACUCCAGCAGUGAUGAAGAAACUACAACUAAACCUGCAGCAAAAACAACCCCUGCAAAGAGUGCUGCCACACCAACAUCAAAAACACCCACAAAUAGCAAAGCCACACCAACAUCAAAAACACCUGCCAAACCAGGAACCCCCAAAACUUCCACUGCCAAAAAGGAUUCAAGUUCAUCAGACAGUUCGGACUCCAGCAGUGAUGAAGAGACUACAACUAAACCUGCAGCAAAAACAACCCCUGCAAAGAGUGCUGCUACACCAACUUCAAAAACACCCACAAAUAGCAAAGCCACACCAACAUCUAAGAAAACGCCUGCCAAACCAGGAACCCCCAAAACUUCCGCAGCCAAAAAGGAUUCAAGUUCCUCAGACAGUUCUGACUCAAGCAGUGAUGAAAAGAAAACUCCUGCCAAGCCUGCUGCUAAAACCACUCCUGCCAAGCCUGCUGCUAAAACCACUCCUGCCAAGCCUGCUGCUAAAUCUACCCCAGGCAAGCAAGUUCCAACUAAAAAAGAAUCCAGUUCUUCAGAUAGCUCAGAUUCCAGCAGUGAAGAUGAAAAGAAAUCCUCUGCAAAGCCAGCUGUUAAGACUACACCUGGGAAAGCAACUUCCAAGCCAGUUGUUGCUUCAAAGCCUGUUCCUGCAAAGAAGGCUUCCAGCUCUUCAGACUCUGAUAGCUCCGAAGAAGAGACAACAAAAACUACUAAACCACUUACAAAGCCGUCCCCAGCAGUAAAGACCUUGCCUCCCAAGAAAGCAGAAAGCAGCUCUGACAGUUCCAGUGAUUCAGAUUCUGAGAAGAAAACUAAACCUGCAAAACCACCUGCCAAAUCUGCAACACCAGUUAACACCAAGGCUCCAGCUCAAAACAAGGCUUCGAAGGCUAGUUGCUCUGACUCUGAUUCAAGCAGUGAAGAGGAGGGGAAGAGCAAGCAACCCACUGGGAAAUCCCCAGCUGCUAAAGCUACUGUUCCUCCAAAGAAGAACCCAGUGGCUGUUAAUAAGGACAAGCCCAGCAGCAGCUCCUCGUCAGACAGUUCUGGUGAUGACGAAAAACAAAAACCUAAACAAGCAGCAGCAGCAAAAGAUGGGAAGCAAGGAGCAAAGGCUGCAAAGCCAACUCCAAAGAAAGCUGCAAGUAGCAGUUCUGAAGAUAGCAACUCAGAUGAAGAUGUCUCAAAGGCUAAAAAAACAAAUACUGCAGCUUCUAAAUCUCCAGUUACCACACCAAAAGCCGUACCUGCUGCUAAAAAAGAAAGCAGCAGUGAGAGUUCCGAUUCUGAAGAUGAAAAGCAAGGUGGUAAAAACACCUCUACUACCAAGAUAGCAAAUUCCACUCCUAAAGCAGCGGCUGCAGAGAGUUCUGAAGAAAGUUCUUCCAGUGAGGAUGAAGGAAAAGCUAAUGGAACUUCUGGUAAAAGGAAAAGAGAAAGUACAGGCAAUGCAGAAUGUGAAGCUGUGACACCAGAAAACAAGAAAUUAAAAGCUAAAUCCCCAAACACCUUUCCCAAGGUUAACAAGAAGGAACUCAAAAAUACCCCAUUCCGAAGGGUAGUAGAAGAAGACAUAGAAAUCAAUCCUCGUAUGGCUGAUAAUGCAUUUGAUGCAAAGAAAGGAGCAAAGGGAGACUGGGGCGAGAAGGCCAAUAAUGUCCUUAAAUUCACAAAGGGAAAAUCGUUCCGCCAUGAGAAGACCAAAAAGAAACGUGGCAGUUACUGCGGAGGUGCAAUUUCCACAUCUGUAAAUUCAAUUAAAUUUGACAGUGAUUGAAAGGACUGCGAGGAAGAACUUUUUCCUGGUUGAACUGCAAGCACAUGAUCUAGGAAACGGUGGAAUUGUCUCAGAGCUAAUACUGAUUCUGGAAUCUAUACUUUUAUUAGCAGUUUCCAACAACGUUUUGGCAGUUGGUAAAUGGACAAAAGACGUUUAAGUCAAUUUGUGACCAACUUCUGUUUGGAUUCAAAAGAUUUAGAGAGUUAACAACCUUAUAAUAUGAACUGUUUCUUUCAAUUCAUUGUUUUAUGUACUAAUUUCAAAUCGUGCUCGGAAUGAAAGCUUUUGUUUUAAAAGAUUAGAUUUUAUUUGUCUGAUUUUCUGUAAUCUUGAAAUAAAAUCUUUCAAGUCAA